AGCUGGCCGGGGAGGAGCGGGUCGGCGGCGCCGAGCUCCCGUCGCCCCUCCGCGGUAUGGCUUUCAUGGAGAAACCGCCGGCCGGCAAGGUGCUGCUGGACGACACGGUGCCGCUGACAGCGCAGAUCGAAGCGAGCCAGAGCCUGCACUCGCACACGGAAUACAUAAUCCGUGUUCAGAGAGGAGUUUCAGCGGAUAACAGUUGGCAGAUUGUGAGGCGAUACAGUGACUUCGACUUGCUUAAUAAUAGCUUGCAGAUCUCAUCUCUAAGUCUACCUCUUCCUCCAAAAAAACUGAUUGGAAACAUGGAGCGUGAAUUCAUAGCAGAAAGACAGAAAGGACUGCAGGCCUAUCUCGAUGUGAUUACUUCCCAUCACAUACUGUCUAACUGUGAACUGGUAAAAAAGUUCUUGGAUCCAAACAGCUAUUCUGUAAACUACACUGAAAUUGCCUUACAGCAUGUUUCAAUGUUCUUCCGAUCAGAGCCAAAGUGGGAGGUAGUAGAACCAUUAAAAGAUAUAGGUUGGCGAAUACGUAAGAAAUAUUUUUUAAUGAAGGUAAAGAAUCAACCAAAGGAACGGCUGAUGUUAAGCUGGGCUGAUCUUGGCCCUGAUAAAUACUUGUCUGACAAAGACUUACAGUAUGCUGUGAAACUUCUUUCUUCCUGUUCUCAUCCCUAUAUUUACAGAGUCACUUUUGCCACCGCCAGUGAAUCUUCAGCACUGGUUAUUAGACCAUUCAAUGAAAAAGGGACGCUAAAGGACCUGAUUUAUAAGGCCAGACUGAAAGAUCCCUUCCUGAAGAAGUAUUGCAAUCCUAAGAAAAUUCAAGGUCUCGAACUUCAACAGAUAAAGACAUAUGGAAGACAGAUACUAGAGGUAUUGAAAUUCUUGCAUGAGAAGGGAUUUCCGUAUGGCCAUCUUCACUCUGGCAAUGUAGUGCUGGAUGGGGACACGUGCAAGUUGCUGGAUCUGGAAAAUUCCUUGUUGGGACUUCCAUCCUUUUAUCGAUCGUACUUUUCACAGUUUCGAAAAAUUAAUACUUUAGAAGGCAUUGAUGUACAUUGCUUUGGGCACUUACUGUAUGAAAUGACAUACGGAAGACCCCCAGAUACAAUUCCAGUAGACAGCUUCCCUCCUGCACCAUCAAUGUCUGUUGUGUCUGUGUUGGAAUCCAUUCUGACUUGUGAAGCUAUGAAGAAUGGCAUGCCAACUGUUUCACGGCUCUUACAGAUGCCAUUAUUCAGUGAUGUCCUGCUAACAAACUCUGAGAAACCACAGUUUAAGAUUCCUACGAAGCUAAAAGAAGCACUGAAAACGUCCAAGGAAUGCAUAGAAAAAAGAUUAACAGAAGAACAGAAAUUGAUUCACCAGCACAGAAGACUGACAAGAGCUCAGUCUCAUCACGGCUCUGAAGAAGAAAAGAAGAAAAGGAAGAUCUUAGCAAGAAAGAAGUCAAAACGCUCUGCCUAUGAAAGUGCGGAAGAACACUCAGCAAAAUACAGCAACUCAAAUAACUCAGCAGGCUCUGGGGCGAGUUCCCCAUUAACAUCUCCAUCAUCCCCCACUCCGCCCUCUACAGCAGGCAUCAAGUUUACAGCAUCUGAUUUACUUCCUAUUCCUUUUAACACACUCUCUUAACAAAAAUGUCCCUGUAAAAAAAAACCCUUGGUAAGUUCUUGUUUGAGUGUUUUAUUCCUAUAACUGUGUGAAUGAGUGAAUGUGUUUGCAGUCAGCUGCUUCCAACGUAUGUAUUGGAAAAGUUGUGUGAUAAUUGAGCACUUGCCUGAAGUAUUUCCUGGGUAAAUAUGGGAAAGUAUUUCACUGUUGGGUUGAUCAGUUUAACCUGCAGAUGGAGCUGCAUAUGAGUCCUCUGCAGUAAACUAACAUUUCUUUUGCACCACUCACGCCAAGAAGGGACAGCUUAGUUUUGGUUGACUGAUAGGUUGACUGAAAUGAAUGGAUUUGACAGCUUUUCAGAAUCGUGCUCUUAAUUUACAUGUUCAAUAUAUAAUGCUCAUAGCUAGUCAGAUACCAUCUUAAGUCCUGUAUUUAUAUUUUAAGGCAGAAAUCAGGUGUAAGAUCUCCUAAGAGUUUCUUUCAACUGUAUGAUGUUGGCAUCACAAUUUAGAAAUACUUGGUACUGAGGAACUUAACAGAUUUCCAGGCAGAAAGGCAGCCUCUCCCCCACCUCCCUGUCCUUUAUGCCCCCAUCAUAAAAUGACCAGACCAAAAUUUAAAGAUAACCACAUGGAUUCUUGGCCUAAUAAUAGCAAUCCAAGCACUUACGUAGUGGCAUUUUUGCCUCUGUUUCUGUCAAAUAUGUACCUUCUUUUGCCAAAUUAUUACUGCUACAUUUCUAUUCCAUAUGGAGUCCUGGCCACUGUCUUCAUGGUCUCUCCUUAUUGUAUCUUGUACAACUAUGUGCAUAACCUCUUCAGUUUCACCUUGCUGUUCCAAUCUUGUCUUCGUUCUCUGAAAUUCUUGCAUCACUUUCAAGCCAUCUCAGUUGUGCUGAGCUGGCCUUGGCUGUUUUACAGCAGUUCAUCUGAUCCCAAAUCCGAUGCGAGCAUUGCUACGCCACUCCUGCCCUGACCUCUUAACCCAUCAGAGUGGUUAACUGUUCUUGGUUUUGUUCUUCUGUGCCAGGGUGUCUGUUUUGCUUUGCUGUGCUUUACUGGCAGUCCAUACACACAGCACAAACAGGACUCUAACUCAGGGGAUGGUUUUCAGUAUUUGUAAUUACAGACUCACAUCUUAGGCUAGUGCAAAAACACAGGUUUGGGUAAGUUAGAUGACCCCAAGGCAUCAAUAUGUGAUGUGUUAUUUCAGUUUAUACUAACAUUGUGUAAUGUUUUGAGUACUUAAGAGAGCAGCUGAUCCACGUGCCCCAGACGUGUUUUUUCACUUAUUCUCUGACAUUUCCAAUAGAGCUUGAACAUUACUCUAUAGCACUUGAACAUUAGUUCUGAAAGGGAUGAGAGUGAAGACAGGAGCUGUUUUUCUGUGUUUUCUUAUAACAGAAAAAGGUUUUCAUGCCAGUGAGAAUUUUAACACUUCUUGAAUCCAUGUCCAUAGUUUUCUUUAACUGCUUAGUAUUUGCUUAAUUCAUAGCAAGCAGUUCUACCUCAUUUGUCAUAGUGUGUUGGCUGGCCCUGUGUUGUUUUGCUCUUUUGUCCAAAAGCAUCCCAGUCCUUGCCACUUACUGGUGUGUUCCUCGUAUAGGUUAGAGCUACCAAACAAGUAUUGAACUACAGAUGCCACUUGUCUCCCUAGCCAUACUUGACAUUAACUCAUGGUCUAGAUAAUGGAAUUAAAAUUCACUGUUGAAUAAUAAUAUCUUAACCGCUAAGCCCCCCGUUUUCAGAAUAUGAAGCUGAAGACAGGCCCAUCAUUCACAUGCAACUGAGGGUGUGCUGCAAAUGCACCUUCACGUGGAUGUCUUGUGGAGCUGGGGUCACCUCUGGCCUUUGCUCUUACUCCUGCCAUGUAUCUUUGAUCCUGAGUGUAGAAAUGAUGUUGUAACGUGCAGCAGCUGAGAAGCACUGGAGCACAUCGUGUGGAAAUGUAGCUUGGGUCAAAUAAGGCCACCUGCCUGGACCUGAGCUUCCAGAACCUGUGCUGGGUUAGCUGCCUGCAUGCACAGCUGGUUUCUGGCUUUCCAGCCCUCUCUGCAAGUUGUCAGGGCAUGAAGCUUAAAGCAUGAUGAGACAACAUGACUAGGGUAAAAAGCAAUGGCCAGAGUGCAAGGUAGGAGCACAGAAAGAAAGCAAGUGGUGUGAGUAGUGAGUUGUGAUUCCUUCAGCCUGUGAAACAAGCAUUUGCUUGUUUCUCUAUGGCUGAAGAAAGUCUGACAGUACAGUGGACACGUAAAACAUUUCCAGAAAAACUCUAUCUGCAGUUAGUUGCCUAAAACUAAUGUAUAAUUUGAUCAAUCACCACAAAUGCUACAGCAGAGUGGUCCUUUGUAAAACCUGUAAUGUUCGUCGUGUAAAUAUGAACAGAGGGUAAGAUUUGCUUCCCGGUCAGUAUCGCAUUUGAGUCACGUUUUGCAUCCCUGAGAACUGAUGACUUUUAGGCUUCUUCUCAGAGGUGUCUCAGAUGACGUGACUCACCUGCAGAUAGAGGUUUGAUCACAUCAGCGUUUUUUCAUCCUGUUCUGUUGUUCACAUUCCACUUGUUUUCAAGGAGUGAAGCUCCUAGUGCAGAACUGACACGGUCCGGCUACGUGGCUGCAGUGCUCUGAGCAGGACCUCUGUGGCAUAAUCAAACAUCAUCUUCUCUCCUCA